CCAAAUACCAGAGGUUCUUCUUUGGAGGAGGAAGGCUCCUCCUUUGGACAUAAGGCGCCCCUACCAGAGCGGGCGCUUGCUGAAACGGAAACCACCGGCUGCGCUGAAGUGAGUCAAGUGAUGAAAUCAAGACUACAUGGGAAGGAAGCUCCUCCAACUGCUCACAAACCUCACUGGUGGCAGAAGCUGCUAAACCCUGCUCAAGGAAACCAAACCAGCCAACAGUGGCUGCCGUCGCGAGGUGGUCCUCAGAAGCACUGGGCCCCUCAGCCUCUGGGCAGCGAACCCUUUCAGUUUGGCGAACCAAAGAGGAAGGAAAGAAUUGUGAAGGGGAAAUCUAGACCUUCUGCUUUCCCAAGGACCCAAACUGUGCUCUGGUUACGAGGUGACCACUGCCACCAAGUCAGUGCAGGAAUCCUCCCUUGUAGACCGGCUGAGGCACGCCUCGCGUGUUGAGUCAGCCUCGCCGACCAAGGGGGAAAAGAACCGCGCGGGGCCGCGCUCCGCCGGGACCGCGCCCCCGCCCCGCGAGGUCCAGGUCCUCACCUGGAGCGCUCAGGUAGGGCUGGGGCGGGGCGGGAGGCUUGCGCGCAGGCGCGGGACAGGGGCCUCGCCCCUGCCGACGUCGCAGACUGGAGCUCACCUGGGAGACUCUGAAGGAAGCCGAGCUUUGGUUCGGCCUCUCCUGGCAACACCGGAGGCCCAGCGGGAAGGCAGGAGGCGGCGGCGGAGGAGGAGCUGGACUGAGAGGCAACUGUAGCGACAGCAACCGGAGCCUCCGCAGCCACCGCCACCACCUGCACCUGGCGCCCGGCCACGUCCAGCGCGCGCCCGGCCACGGCUUCCCGCCGCCCUCCCCUACCCACCCGCCAGGUGCAGAUGUGGCAGGAGAGAGUAUGUGAGCCUCACCUCUCCCCCUCCAUGGGUAGUGUUGCUCCAUAAUUGCUUUCUUGCUCCAAACCGUAGAGUUGGCUGGUCCACAAAUCAAGAUCCUGUCCACAACCUUUCACCUUCAAAGAUGUUUAUCUGAUCAGGUAUUACCAUUUAAUGAAAUCUUGCCAGCAAAUCUAUGAUAAAAAAUAUAAGUAGAAGAAGAAACUAUAACUGUUAUUUGUCAAGUGACAAGCUUUCAAUGUCAGAAUGGCUCACCUAAAGCGGCUAGUGAAAUUACAUCUUAAAAGACAUUACCAUAAAAAGUUCUGGAAGCUUGGUGCAGUAAUUUUUUUCUUCAUAAUAUUUUUGAUUUUAAUGCAAAGAGAAGUAAGUGUUCAAUAUUCCAAAGAGGAAUCAAGGAUGGAAAGAAACAUGAAAAACAAAAACAAGAUGCUUGAUUUAAUGUUAGAAGCUGUAAACAAUAUUAAAGAUGCAAUGCCAAAAAUGCAAAUAGGAGCACCUGUCAGGCAAAACAUUGAUGCUGGUGAGAGACCCUGUUUGCAAGGAUAUUAUACAGCAGCAGAACUGAAACCCAUUCUUGACCGCCCACCUCAGGAUUCUAACGCACCUGGUGCUUUUGGUAAAGCAUUCAAGACAGUAAGUCUAAGUAUUGAAGAACAGAAAGAAAAAGAACGUGGAGAAGCAAAACACUGUUUUAAUGCUUUUGCAAGUGACAGGAUUUCUUUACACCGAGAUCUUGGACCAGAUACCCGACCUCCUGAAUGUAUUGAACAAAAAUUUAAGCGCUGUCCUCCCCUGCCUACCACCAGUGUCAUAAUAGUUUUUCAUAAUGAAGCGUGGUCCACGCUGCUUAGGACUGUCUACAGUGUGCUCUAUUCUUCACCCGCCAUACUGCUGAAGGAAAUCAUUUUGGUGGAUGAUGCUAGUGUAGAUGAGUACUUACAUGAUAAACUAGAGGAAUAUAUAAAGCAAUUUUCUAUAGUAAAAAUAGUCAGACAAAGAGAGAGAAAAGGUCUGAUCACUGCACGGUUGCUAGGAGCAACGGUAGCAACAGCUGAAACGCUCACAUUUUUAGAUGCUCACUGUGAGUGUUUCUAUGGCUGGUUAGAACCUUUGUUGGCCAGAAUAGCUGAGAACUACACGGCCGUUGUGAGUCCGGAUAUUGCAUCCAUAGAUAUGAAUACAUUUGAAUUCAACAAACCCUCUCCUUAUGGAAUUAACCAUAACCGAGGAAAUUUUGACUGGAGCCUUUCAUUUGGCUGGGAAGCACUUCCUGAUCAUGAGAGGCAAAGAAGGAAGGAUGAAACCUACCCAAUUAAAACACCCACUUUUGCAGGAGGUCUUUUUUCCAUAUCAAAAGAAUACUUUGAAUAUAUUGGAACUUAUGAUGAAGAAAUGGAAAUCUGGGGAGGUGAAAAUAUAGAAAUGUCUUUCAGAGUAUGGCAAUGUGGUGGGCAGUUGGAGAUUAUGCCUUGCUCUGUUGUUGGACAUGUUUUUCGCAGCAAAAGCCCUCAUACCUUUCCAAAAGGCACUCAGGUGAUUGCUCGCAACCAAGUUCGCCUUGCAGAAGUCUGGAUGGAUGAAUACAAGGAAAUAUUUUAUAGGAGAAACACAGAUGCAGCAAAAAUUGUUAAACAAAAAUCAUUUGGUGAUCUCUCAAAAAGAUUUGAAAUAAAGCACCGCCUUCAAUGUAAAAAUUUUACAUGGUAUCUGAACAAUAUUUACCCAGAAGCAUAUGUGCCAGACCUUAGUCCUGUUAUAUCUGGAUAUAUUAAAAGCUCUGGUCAGCCUUUAUGUCUGGAUGUUGGAGAAAAUAAUCAAGGAGGCAAGCCAUUGAUUCUGUAUACAUGUCAUGGACUUGGGGGAAACCAGUACUUUGAGUAUUCUGCUCAACAUGAAAUUCGACAUAACAUCCAGAAGGAAUUAUGUCUCCAUGCUGCUCAAGGUCUUGUUCAACUGAAUGCAUGUACCUACAAAGGUCGCAAGACAGUUGCCACUGGAGAGCAGAUAUGGGAGAUCCGAAAGGAUCAACUUCUAUAUAACCCAUUCUUAAAAAUGUGCCUUUCAGCAAAUGGAGAGCAUCCAAGCUUGGUGUCAUGCAAUCCAUCAGAUCCUCUCCAAAAAUGGAUUUUUAGCCAAAAUGAUUAAGUGUUCCUUAAAAUUAAGGAGUUGAAAAAGGAGAUAUUUUUUCUCAUAAAACUGUGACUAGGCAUACACUGUAGUUUUGAAAAUUAUGCAAAAGCAGCUAAUUGUAACUUAUUCCAAGUGCAUUUUUCUUAUUUAUAUCUUACAAUGUCUCUGUAGCAUCACUACAGAAAUCCUUUGUCUCCAUUUCAAAGCACAGUGAUUAAUAAUACCAAAGACUAGUUUAAAAUGUCCAGAUGUAGAGAAAGAGAUGUUUACAGUAUGAUGAAAAUAAUUUUCUAAGUAAAGUGCUGUUUAUGUGUUUUGCACACUUGAGGAUAUGCAUAGGUGCAUCCACACACUCACAACUUAAAAUAUUACUUCUAGUUUUGGGGGGGGAAGGGAGAAAGAUUUGAUACUGUAUUUUUUUAACUACAUAGAAAUGGAUCAAUGAAGGUCAAACAUUGGCUUUUGUAUACAAACCAGGAAAUUUUUAUAGAUCUAAAAUUUAUUACGUGAAAAUGCAGGUAAACUUUUUUUGCCUUUUCUUUACCUAUUUGUCAACAUGGAAUUAAAUGAAUAUAAAAAAGACUAUUUUUAACACUAUAAUUUCUUGGAAAAUUUUAAAUUGUUUUUUAGUCUGAAGACCACUUGACUUGAAGCACUUAAGUCUUUCUUAAAAGGCUUUCCUUAAGUAACAAUACUGUGUUUUCCCAAAGAAAUUUAAAAUAUGUUAUAACUUACUAUCUGUUGAAAGAUGUAUUUUUCCUUUCUGCUAGUCUUUUUUCUUACCAAAAUUUAUUAAUCUUGAAUGUUUGUGAAAUUGAAUUUUAAAUGCAGACCACUUGACUCAUUUAAAACUAAAUUUUAUUUGUUACUGAUUUAAUUCAAUGUGUUACUGUUCAGUUAACAGAUUGUCUUUGUAAUGACUUUUACUUUUACCAAAAAAACCUAAUUUCUCUCUAUGUGGAAAACACAAUAAAACAAAUCCUUAUAAUUGUAA